AUGGGAUUGGCCAGCGAUGCAGAGCUGGUCAAUCUCCACCUGUCCAUCAGCCGCGGAGGAGCGCCCUCAGUAUAUGAGGCGGCUCUUCCUCAAAUCAAGGAGGAAGAUGAAGAGCACAGGAGGGCUCUUUGUGAAAUCUCCAACGCAGGCGGUAUGUUUGAGGAAGUGACUACUGAGUUUGAAGAUUUCAUCACUGAAACCCGCAACGAACUCAAUGGGUACCACGCCAAGUUUGCUAAGACCAUCAAGAGGUCCAAGCAGAGCCUUGACAUCCUUGGCGAGACAUUAGAGGAGACUUUGGCCAAGAUGGCCAACGGAGAUUCCCGAGACGAAGCUGCCCAAGCCAUAGAGGUGAAGGAGCUCGACAGGCUGCGAGUCUCCCAGAUCAAAAGCCCUGUUGAUGAAGGUGACGAAAAUGACAAGUCAUCCACGUUGCCUUCCCCUGAGCUUCAACCCAGCCCGAAGAACAAAGGGAAGGCUAGAGCCGACCCUAUCAUACCCUUCAAUCUUCCUGCUACUAACUAUGGAGGGAAUCCCCCAGACAAUGGAAGGAUUUCUCCCAUCUCAGAGCCUCAGUCUCAUGCCAUGCAAGCUUGA